AUGGCUGCCUCACCGUCAGAACCAUCAGCUCUCAGCCGUCCGAAACCUAUGCCUGGCCGGAGCCAUUGGGCAGUGCAGCGGCGCCAUUCCUUUGACCCCUGGGCUCACCUGGAGGAUGCCAGCGAAUCAGAUGAUCGGUUCCAAGCCGUUCUGGAGUUGGAAGUGGUGCAGUGGCGGCGGCACUCAAAACGUGUCUAUGUCACAAAUGAUGAAAGAAAGGCAGCCUUGAAGGCCGUGCAUGUUAGAUGCUGGAGAAGAGGUGCGGAGGAUCAUGCUGAGCUCAGGCAGGCAUAUUUCCCGUCCUCCUUCAUGCCGAAUGGCGGCCGGCUUUGGUUCGUCACAGGAAGCGAACCAGAGUGGUUGGAAAAGGAGAAGGGGGAGCUUGCGGAUGGGACUGCUGCACAGGCACCCAAGGGCCCCAAGAAAAGGAAAAGCAUUCAAAAAGCACCAAAAAAGGAUCCUGAAGACGAAGCAGACCGUGAAGAAUCCAAUGCUGCCAAGAAGGUCUCCUGUUCAGCGAACGAUCCAAAGAUCGGAAGGACAAUCUGGGGACAGAUGGAAACGGCCAUGCCGGCUGGUGAGCUUCGCGACAAGCUGUGGAAAUACCUCUGGCGCACCUAUGGCAGUGCAGUGGAGCAGGCCUCCACGAAGCCAGGGCCGAAGCCUGAAAGGCGCUACGGCGUUUGUUGCAGGCUUCCUGGGGCUCUGAGCUGUUGCAGCCAUCAAACUGCAUACAGAUUGUCGAAGCCAUGA